UUUCAUUCUGAUUGACUAUUGAUUGGUCUCCAUGCUUUGUGCACCUUGGGCCAGCUUAUUCUGCAGUGGGCUGUUGGGAUGCUUGUGCUGAUACUGUGUUUUGUUGAGAGAAGGAGAUUUUCUGCUGAAAUUGUUUCAAAGCUGGGUAGUAGCUUUUCCUUGGCACCCUUUAUCAUUGUGGUGGCUGUGUGCACUUUAUUAGCCAUGGUUGCUACUCUUCCAGUUGCACAACUUUUCUUCUUCCAUAUUCUUUUAAUAAAAAAGGGAAUCAGCACCUAUGAUUACAUUAUUGCUUUGAGGGAGCAAGAUCAGGAGCAGGAGCAACUUGCUGUUGGUGGGCAGCAAAGUCCGCAAAUGUCCCAAGUGAGCUCUUUUACUGGACUAAGCAGCACCAGUCCGCAAAUGUCCGCAAAUCAACCGGUAGGUGGCCCCCUUCACAAAGUUGACUGA